AUGAUUGUUAUACACAUAUCGUUGUUUCUACGAAUUGAGCGCGCAAAGCAAUAUUUGCAAAAACGAAUGGCAAUAUUGGAGGAAACACGAAAAAACAUUUGGAUAGAUAUUCUUGCAUUACGAAAAAGUCAAGCCAUAAAAAGAGACGUUUAUUCGGAACAUCUCAUGGCGGGUGAAUAUCAACAAUGCGACUCAUGCAUUAGUUUAGAAUGUCCACCUGGACCUAGAGGACCACCAGGCUUAGAUGGAGAGUCUGGUGCAGAUGGCCUCCCUGGAAGACCGGGUAAAGCGGGCAUUGAUGGAAUUGAUGUAUUGGAUCACGCCGAACCUAAUUUCCCGUGCGUGAUUUGUCCUGCAGGACCACCAGGCAAUCAUGGACAGCAAGGAGAACAGGGUAGACCUGGUGUUCCUGGAGAACCCGGACCACCUGGCUUGCCUGGUAAGCCAGGACUACCUGGUCGAGUAGGACCAGCAGGCCCACCGGGCAGGCAGGGUGAGGAGGGCGACGCUGGCAUUAAAGGACCACCUGGUGAUGACGCUAUCGGUGGAGUAGGUAUUAAAGGGCCGCCUGGACCACCAGGACCGCGUGGUCCUAAGGGUCCUCCUGGACCGAAUGGUAUUCCUUCCAACAAUAUGGGGCCUGCAGGACCUAUCGGUGAAACAGGACCUCGUGGGCCGCCAGGAAAGCGUGGUGAACCAGGACCACCAGGGCCAAGUGGGCUGCCAGGCGAAGUGGGCUUGCCAGCAGGACAUUGUGAAUCAUCUUGCGGUAUCCAAGAAAUGAUAGCACCAUCUCUUAUUGAGUUGGAUGUCUAA